UCUAAAAUCGACAGGGACCACAAGCAGAGCUCUACAGCAAUUUUGGCAUUCGCGGAAUACUAGGGUUUCGUUAUCCUACUGCUAUUCAUAAUCAAUCUUCCAAAUCCUGUCCAACAUCGUCGUUUUCCUGUCUUCGAUUUUCUCUAUUGAUAUACCAUCAAACUAUGAGUGAUCUACGCGAGCUUGUUCAUGUAAUCUCUAUUGGAUAGACCACUCGUCUUCUUUUCCUUCUCCCGAAACAGCAUUGAAUUGCAGCUGCUGCUUGUGAUAUCGAAGGCAGCGGAAGCAGGUCGGGAUAAUGGAUGAGAGUCUUGAGACUAGGCGCUCUGUCCUUGCCAAUCCAUUAGCAUCACUGGAUUCCACUGCUCAGACAGGACAUGGUGGUGAUUGGCAAGAAGAGGUCUUUCUAAAGAUCAAAUCCAUGAAGGAUAUGUACUUGGGUGAGUUAAACCACAUGCACCAGAAGAUCACUGCAAGGUUGGAGCAGGUAAGGUUGCCUCUUUGCGCAAUUCCAAAGAGAUUUCUAGGGCCACCUGAUCUCUAACCCACUUUUAUAUUAAAAGAAAAAGUAGAAAAUUAGUAAUCAAUGAAUCAAUGUAAGAGAUUUAAUUGACUCCUGUUUUGAUUUGCUCGCUCCUGCAGCCAAUGUUUAGUUUUUCUUAAUUGUAUAGAUAAACUCUGGUAGUGGUUUGAGAUCUACUUAUGUGGUCUUAAGAGGAUUCUAUAUUGUUGUUGGUUUUCCAGCCUGAUUGUAUCCAACAGUCAGAAAAGCUUGACAAGUUGAAAAUAUUCAAGGCCAUGUUGGAACGUGUUAUAGCUUUUUUAUCAGUUUCCUCCAAAGAGAACAUUACCCUCUCUACAAGGAAAAAUUGGGCUCUUAUAAGAAGCAAAUAGUGAAUUUUGUAACUUCAAAUAGGCCCAGGAAACCUGCGCAGUAAGGACAACUUCCACUACCUCAUAUGCAAGCCAUUCCACAGCCACAGUCUCAGGCCUCUCAAGUACAGUCUCAUGAUAAUCAAACCAACCCUCAGUUGCAGCAGUCAUUGAACAUGCAUUGGUCUAUGCAAACAAUGCAACACAACUUGUCAAAUUUGCAGCUUAAUUCUCUGACGUCUUUGCCUGGGGAUUCAUCCGCACAGCAGAGUAUGUUAAGGUCACUGCAGCCAAGUUCGAACCUGGAUUUGGAUCAGGAAAACACUCUGGGUUGACUGCAGCAGGUUACCACAGGGUCUUUGCAACAAAAUCCUGUUAGUGCUGCCCAACAAGCAAACUGUUGAAAUAACUGAGACCAAGUCUUUUGAAUUUGUUAUGACAGUUAUGUGUUAGCAGUUAUCUUUAUGUAAUUUUGUGAUUCACACUUCAUGGUGCAGUAGUUUAUUUUACAGUUAAUUAACUUCCUUAUGUUUCAGCAACUGACAUCUAUAAGUUGCUAUUCUCUCAGAAGUCUGAUGUAUGUUUGAUGCUGUGUUUUUCUGAUCUAUCAGAAUACAGUUUAUGUAUUUCA